AUGGAAGGAAACAUAAACAUCUUUGAGGUACCUCGUCUGAACAUACAGUGGGAUUGGAAGGAAGCCCUCAGGUAUGUCCAUGUAUUCGCAGUGGUGGAACGUUUUUGAGUUAUUAUAAAUAUAUAUAUAUAAAACUCUGCGAUCAGAUUGCCGCAUUAGGGUAUGUAUCUUGCACCCCUUAUAUCAGAGCUUUCUUGCAAAUGUUGUCAUGGAAUCAAGUGGCUGUGCACAAAGAAUGACAGAAACCGUAAAUUUUGGGCUAAUUUUAAUAAGUGUAAUGGUCUGUGGCCUUCGCGAGAGCCUCGUCAAUUAAGGUUGAGAUUUAUCAGGAUAUAAAAUGUUUGCAUCUAACCUUUUUGUAUCAUUUUUAAGUUGACACGUUUUUUCUGCUCCUGUACUCACAACACACACACCAAACAACUUUUGUAACAUUCCAUCACAUACCAUGAAAACAAUAUCCAAAGUCCAAUCAGAACAUGGUAGUUACUAAAACAAGGAAUGACCCUUAAUUACCUAAAAUGACCUAAAAUGAGCUAAAACAACCUAAAAUGACCUAGGACAACCUUGAGUGACUUUAAAAAUGACCUAAAACAACCUAAAAUGACCCUAAGUGAUUUCUAAAAUGUCCUAAAACGACCUAAAAUGACCUUGAGUUUGUGGCACCAACAAAAUCUAGAUUGGACUGAAUUGAAUCACAGAUUGGAUCUCGGAUCAGAUCUCAGACCAGAUCACGGAUUGGAUCAUGUAAAAUAAAAUUUUUGCGCAAGAAGCUGGAAUAAAGUCUGCAUGACAAAAUAGAGCAUAGGCCCCUCUGGGAGUUUUUUGGCCCAAAAACCCCAUGUUGUCACUUUCACAGCUGUGUCAAGGAGUGUUGUGUAGUGCCACCAUGGACGAAGGCAAGCAAAAGGUAUGUAUCAUUUAAUCAGUCAGUUAAGAAAUACGUGACACAAUCCGCAGUUGCUUCUUAAGGUCCUUAACCUUCUUCCGUUGCUGAUGCAUGAGGCACAUUGGAAGCCAUAGUUUGCAAACUGAUCAACCUAAGUGCUUCACAUUGCAAGGUCAAAGUCUCGAGGGCUAUUCGAGACAUAAGACCUUCUACGAAUCCCUACAAUAUUCAACCAAUGAGAAGUUACCUUCCUGACAUUUGGUUUGUCACACAUUGCUCUCAAUGACAUUUGCAUUUUGCAGCUGUUCAAGAUCAGUGGAGGCGCUUAAUUACCCCUCAGAUUGAAGAAAAAAUGAAAAAAAUAUGGAAAACGCAUUUGAAUUUUUGAUGAAAACCAAAAACCAAAUGCUAAACCACGUAAAAUCUGCAAACUGAAAUGAACAAUCCAAUCCAAUCCAGUGUGAAGCGAUCCAGAAUUUGGCAACGCCACAUUGUUCACAUCACUCAAGGUCAUAUUAGAUUAUUUUAGGUCAUUUUAGAAAUCACUUAUGGUCAUUUUAGGUCAUUUUAGUUCAUUCCUUGUUUUAGUAACUGCCAUCAGAACAUACCAAAUCAUUGCUCUAUAUGAACAUCAGGCAAUUUUUUUACUUGCUUGAAUUGUAUUCCAACAGUCAAAUUCCAUUUUGCCAAGCUGGACUUAUGCUCUAUCACGUGUCAUUUUCUUGUAAACAACAUGCACUUAAUCAUAUAUUCUAAUGGCAUUGUCCAAUCCCACUGAAAAAAAUUCACAUGGAACUAAACGGCACUGUCAGUAAAUUUUCCAAGCAAUUCUCCUACCUUUUUAACUUUUUCUACAAAUAAAAUUGGCAUUUAGCUACUGUGGACUUAAUCCAAUCACAUGUUAAUUCCUCGUAAACAACCUGCAUUUUAUCACGCAUUUUACACACAGAGGACAAAGUCCAGAUAGACAACAACCAAUCAAGGAGCACUCUUUAAAAUAUUAUCCUUUUCUCUUGUUCAAUGUAUUUUCACUUAUUCAAGAUCACAGUAUAUCUUGUUUAGGGUCUAUUGGAGAUACAACAUAGUUUCAGUUUGCUUUUCGUAGUAAAAUUACAUGGAAUUAUAUUUUGGAGGCAAUUUACUGUAGACAAAUAAUUUUGAUUGUCUCUCUGCUAGAGGAACAGCAGUAAGUGUAGUCUCUUUUGCAACCAUUAUUUGGUCUCAUCACACAAUGCGCUCUCCCUCAAAUGGGGAAUGUAUGGUGUUGUGUGACAAAACUAAACAACAGUUGUGAGGGAAGCAACAGUAAGUGUGGCACAAAUGCAUUUUAUUUUUGCUUAGAAGUAUUUAGACAAUAGACCACAAAAUAUCUGUGUGAGUUCAGAUAAAUUAGUUUCUUUUUUCUUUUUCUUAUGGUGAAGUAAUGUGAUAUUUUCAUCCAUUUGAAAGUUACACACAGUGUUCUUUCUCAGCCCAUACAGCCAAAAAAAUUACUGUUGCAUGCUAUGCAUGCCUAUGUUUUAUGAUAGGCCUCAAGUAUGCCUGAUUGUGUUUGGGUUGUAUUUGAGGUAAAGAUAAGUCUUCAGUAAUAUGUAAUCUUUCCUAAAUGUAUUUUUUUAGAAACCCUGGUGGAAAGGCUUGGAUUUCUUGCUCUCGAAUCAGUAAGGCUAACAUACUAAAUGUAAAGUUCUGGAACUGUGAAUGUACAUGUGUGAAUAUUACAAAAAAAAAUUUCAACCUAAAGAUGCAAGCAAAUCAAGACUUUCAAUAAAUUCUUUAAUUACACCCACCUGUUAAUAUGGACCAUGAAUUCUCUUUAUCAAAAACUCCAACUUUGAUAAUUCUAUGGGUAUAUUUUUAACAAGGUUGAAUAGAAACAUGCAUUUAUUUGAUAGCCUGUCAUAGUCUCCUAAGUAAUAUCAUAGGUUUUCAACCUCAUACAUUUUUGCUUGUUCAGUUAAUCAUUUAUAAGUCUGAUGAAAAAUAACACUUGACUGGCAUUUGGUUCUUAAUUGUUUUUUUUUUUAAUAAGCCAUAUAUCCCUCUUGCAUAAGCUCCAGUCUCUUACGAGCUCCUUGUCAAGAAAGUGCACUAAAUAUUUAUGGGCCACUAGAGGCUUAUUUGGGUGCUUAAGAUAAAAUACCCAACAUUAAAAUUUGAUGGUUUGAUUAAACAUCAUCCUUUUGAAAUUUAUGUUGAAGAUCAAACUUUAUUAAAAAGUAAUCAAAGACAUAACUAGAGAACAUUCUGUGGAAGCAAGAGAUGGUAAUUUUUGAAGACCUAAAUUAUACACAAAACAUAAUCACAACAAGUAUAAAGUUUUCACCCAAAGAUGUUAUUUUUCAGACCAGCCCACAAUUUAUGGAGAACUUGUCAGAGCAAAAAGCAUUGAAGAAGAUGUAGAUAAUAACACCAUAUCUGUUGAGGCCUCAGAAGGAUUUUCAGUACAAAAUGUCAGCAAGGUAGGAAAUCAGCCAAAAAGUGUGUUAAGUUUUUUGUGCUUAGUAUAAUUGCAGUUUUGAAGAAAUCUAAAUUCAUCUUUUCCAUUCAAUUAUCAGACUAGCCUUACUCUGUCAUUUCCAGAAGCAAAUUGUUCUUCAAAAUUUAUUUCCCCAAGUGGAUCUUUCCAAAAUCUUCACAGCAAAAGUGUAAGUGCAGUAGUUGUAAAUAAAUGAAAUAACUAGCUCUCUGAAUGAAAUAAUACCAUGGUUAUGUGUCCAGGUAUUGCUUAUAUCUUGAGCAUUAACAGUCUGAAAGCACAGUCAGAGCUUCUCAAGAUCAGCCUUUUAUACUUUGUAUAAUAAUGUGCAUGAAACAAUUACAUGCUUCUGAUUGGCUGAAAACAAGAGCAUUAAUUCUUAUGUAACACGUGCAAAGUUGAAGUAUGAGUGUAAAUUGCAAAUAGUGGAUGCACACUUUCAAAAUUUUGUCUGUCUUGGCACUAUGAACUGUAGUUUUAUGAAAAUUCCAUGAAUUUCAUGUGAAAAACCCAUGAAGAUCAUUUCAUGGCCCAUGAAUACUGCAAAAUGAAAUUUCAUGGGGUUAUUUUUAGCCCUGAAUUUUCCAUGAAUUAGGGGAAUUUUUUUCAUGACCCAUGAAUUUCUUCAAAGUCUAUUUUUAUGACCCAUUGAUUUGCCAUGAAAGUCACCAGAAUUAAUUUCAUGACCCAUGAAUUUCUUUAUAUGCCUACUUUCAUGACCCAUGAAUUUCUUCAAAGUCUACUUUCAUGACCCAUUAGUUUCCCCAGAAAGUCAUCAGAAUGAAUUUCAUGCCCAUGAAUUGCAUUCAAACAGCAUUUCAUGGGCUAACAAUUUAUUUGUUUCGGGAGAACAAAAUUAAUGGGCCAUGAAUAUUCCCUGAAAUCUGUUGCCCAUGAAUUUCAUUGAUGAAUUCAUAGGCCAUUAAAAGUGGUAAUAAUGAGUUCAUCACAGUCACUGAUUUAUCAACAAGCUGACUUUCAUGAUCCGUGGAACUAACUUGUUAUAAAUUUAUGCACUGAUGGAAUUUUGGUGUACAGCGCGAAAACCGUCGAAUGAAAAUGUCCCUAAACAUCUUAAGUGGCCUUUGUUAAUGUAAAAUGUACAGGAAAUCACAAAACAAUGACUAAAAACAAUGGAUCUUCAAUUUGCUCCUUUGUUGAGACAAAUGGGGCUGGAGGCAAUGACCCAGAUGUUUGAUCCUCACUUUGAUUUUUUGGGGCCUUUUUGCCUUCGCCAUGCCUGGACGACUUUGUUGAAUUUUUUCUGCCUUACUGCUGGCUUUGAUUGUUAGCCAUGACUCUGGAAACCUGUUCAAGGCCUUCUCUUACAUUCUUACGGCUGAGGAAUCUUCUAGGGCUUUUCCAGUAAGGCACCUGCAGAGUACAGAUGCUUAAGUUGCACAGCAAUAGUGCGCAUUGCAUCUACACGAAAUGUGGAACAAAUGACCUUAGUGACCUAAGGUCACCACGUGAAAGUACACGUGAUUUACGAAGAAGUGGCGGUUUUUUUCGUACCUCGAACGGAAUGGUUCCAUUCCAAUUGCAUUUCUCGUAGUGUUUGUGUAGCAGUCUCUUUUUUUCCAGAUCAACGCAAUGGACCGUCUGAAAAGUUUUUUCAAAGAGGUUUCCUCAAGAUGAAGUUAUCGACAUGUAUUACAACGUGAAGGGGUAAGUUCAAGCUUGGUCAUCUUAUUACGCGUAAACAUCGGAGCGCGCGCGCUAACUAUUGAUUUAACUUGAAAAUUUUUAUUCUGAGAUCAUCUGGCGAAACAUCACAAGAGUUUGUAUGGAAAUACUUACGACCGUUCUUAGGAAUAAAAAAUACAGUCAAAUUCUGAAUACGAAAUACCUCACUUCACUUCCACAGUGCGUCGCUUAGUAUCUGACGGCUUCAUGUUGAAAAGAACCUGUUUUGGCGAGUUAUCCAUUUCUAGGUUUAUUACGUACAUAAGAAAGGCUCUUAGAUAACUGAUGAUGUGCUCCCUUUAUUUUGCAAACAGUGAAGAGUGUUGGUCUACAAAACUGAUGAAAGGAAAUGCAAACUUGCUAAAGCAGCCUGUCUUGGUCCAAACGAUGAUGAAAAUGCAAAUAGUAAUGAUAACCGAAAGAAGGAUGGCACAUUCAGGUGGCCAAAACAGAGAGACACUGACAUAGUCAGCCAUAGAUAUAUCUUCACACAUGCAAGAGUGCAGAAAGUUGGUAAUUGUUUUGUUGUUAGUUACCUUGAGUCAGUAUUGAUCACAAGUGUAAAACAUAUCAAGAAAUUUACAUGAAUGCUGUUACAUAAAUAGACAUUAUAAUAACUGUCCAUAACAUUUUACACAUGAUAUUAGACGAAGGAAAUGAUAUUUGAAGUUUAGACAAAAAUACAUCAAGCCAGUGAGUAUAUUUUCAAUAAUUUCGUCCAAAUAUUUUUCACAUCAAAUUUAUUAUAUAUCUUCAGAAAGAUAGGAGCAGAAUCUGUCUCCACAAGGAAAAUCAGUGAUAUCAAAAUAGAGCUAAAAAUCAUUAACAUCUUAAUUUUAUGCAGAAAAUUUCAUACCAACUUUUUUUAUUUAAGAAAGUGUAAACUGAAUUAUCACAAUUUUCGAAUCCUAAAGUAAUAUUUAUGUACAGCUGGUGAAACAAAAUAAACUAUCAGAGAAUCCAAACUUCUGGUCAUGUCUUUCAUGCGUGUGUGCUUGUACAAUAGGACCAAGAAGUUUCACAGAUAGGUUAGUUCUUCAGUGUAUAAUUUAAGUGAUAGUGUAUGUAUUACAGUUAUGGUAUACUGCAAGCUAUACACUGUAGUACCAUCUUUGGUACAAGAAAAGUUAAGAAUUUUUAAUUCCAAAUUCAGAGGGUUUUCAAAGAAUUUUCAUGGUGCUUGCAUAUUCCUAACAACCCCAUGAAAACUAACUGGCAAUUAACUUUCAUGUGCCAUGAAAAAACCAUGUAGAGGCCAUGAAAAUUCAAGGAAAAUUUUCAUGGUCAAUGAAUUUUUAACAUAUUCACAGGAUAUUCAUGGGUCAUGAUUUGCUGCAACCCAUUAAAAACUAGUGAACUUUGACACCAUGAAAUUUUGGGCUUGAAAUUCAUGGGUUUCUCAGUACCUUUGAAAAGGCCAUGAAAUGCCAUUUUCAUGGGUAUUUCAUGGCUUCUAGGUCACUUUACUCAAUAUUUCAUGGGUCGUGAAUAUGGAAAUUUUCACAGGUUUUUCAUGGGAUUUUUCAGGUCUUUUUCAUGUCACUGAGACCAUGAAAAUGUCAUUGAUUUAACCAUGAAAAUCCUGUGAAAAAUCUGUGAAUUUACAAUGAAUUAUUUCACAAGAUUUUCAUGGGUUUUGAGUUCAUAGUGUGGCUUUCUACGGUGUUUUUUCAUGAAGAGUAAUUUAGUGUUAAUGAACUGAGUUGAAAACAUUAAUUGGCCACUGUAAAGAGUUUAAAUGCUGUCAUUUCAAGCAUUAGUCUUUAAACUCUUUACAGAGGCCAAUUUAUGUUUUCAACUUAGUUGAUAACACUAAAUUACCCUGUUAUACUCUCCCACUGACACAGCACCACAAUUUCUUUAGAAACUUACCCCCUUUAUUCGCUUUUUCGUGUACUUUUCUAAAUAGUAAUAAUAUAUUUUUUCUUGACAUUUCGUGUGAUAGGCACUUGUUAAUUUUUUUAAAUAAUACAAAUUGCACCAAUGCUGUAUUGGCUUGUGCAAUUUUGUUGCCUUUGAAAAAUUUACUUGUGCUUAUUUACAACAAAUUGUACUUGAAAUCGUGUUAUUACCUAUAGUAAUAGUAAGUUUGGCCAACCCUUCUCUGAUUCUUUCAUUGUUAAUCUCUCCUCGUUGAUUGAGAAGUUCCUGACAACAAAAAUUUUGAUUAUGGCAUGAAAUUUAGGUGACUUCUGGAAUUCGGAGAAUUAAAUUGUUGCUUUUUGUGGAGAAACAAAAACUGGGGAAAUGGAGAAAACCCUAUGUCAGGGAAAAGAAACAGCAGCAAACUGAAGCCACAUGUUUAACUAUGUCUAGAAUCAAACUUAGCUUAAGCAGAGGAAUGACAGUGCUCUUGCCUCUGCUCUGUUUGUAAUCCACAUAAAUUUUUACUUUAACUUAAGUUGGCCUGAUAUUGAUCUACUAAUUUUGGCUUUCAGGUUCGAUGUAUAGAUAUAUCCCCUGGAGGGGGACUAGGUGUGUCCAGUGGAGAUGACAGCACUCUUCUUGUCUGGGAAACUUCCACUGGUGUUGUUAGGGUAUGGUUUUAUUUACAGAGAGUAUUACAGGCCUGUACCUCUACACUACAGCAUAGGAUACUACAAAUGCAAAUGUACUGGUACUUAAUUUUGAUAAUGGUGUUCAUUGUGCAGCCCCUUCAAAAAACACAUUAUUUCAUUUCUGGUCUCACCUUAAAUCUGUGUCUUAACAGAUCACAUAUUAAGAUGAUGGUGCUUGUGUUGUUUGCAGCAUGAUCUUCAAGGUCACAUUUCAGACAUAAAUACUUGUAAAUUCUUUCCAUCUGGAAAAGUUGUUCUAAGUGGUGGUGCUGAUUUGCGGCUAAAAAUCUGGUCAGCAGAAGAUGGAAGUUGUCCUGUGACAUUGAAGGGCCAUACAGGAGGUAUUUCAAGGACAAGAUGUAUUGUUCAUCUUUUUUAUGUUAUUAUUUUACUGCACUCUAAGUGGGUACUAUUUGCUAGUGCUUUAUGAAGUCCAGAUCCAAAAGAUUUCAAGAUUCAAGAACAAUGUCCAGCCAUCUUCAAGUUGACCAAACAAACUUGAUCCAACAAGUAUUUACUUAUUGCCAAGACAUUACAAUUUUUCUGUUCCAGAAGCAAUAUGGGCUAUGCCUUGCAACACAUAGGUCCAUCUUCCCUGCUCUUAAUUCCAGCUAGGACUGAAUUUCUUUCAUCCUUUCUGCUUGCACAACCAGAAAUUUGACAAAAGUGUGGCUCACUAUUGAAACAACUUCUCAUUUCUAAAGUGUUGCUUAAUAUGUGGUCGCCAUUUCCUCUGUCAUUGACAAUUUAUCUUUAACUGUUACUUGUAAUUUGCAGGAGUUGUUGACACAGCUAUUGUUGACAGAGGAAGAAAUGUUUUAUGUAAGCACGAAAAGGAUCUUUGUUUUAAGAUCUGAUAAAUUUUAACUCAAUUGUUUGUUAUAUCGAUAUAAUAUAGCCACAGGGUAGUAUUAACAUAUUAACACCAGGUGUGUUAUACAAGGUUGACACAGAUCUGAUAAAAGUACCAUGGAAGGCUUCCCAGCUUGCCUGUAGUGAUCCCAAAAUUCAUGAUUAAAAAACUGGAAAGUUAGGAAACAAAACUAAAUAAAUGUGGAUAAUAUGAGAUCUUUGUUGACUUGAAGUUGCAUAAAGUCAUUUAAGUUGAUGACUUGAAAACUCCACAACUGAGAUCAAAAUUGACUGGGUUUUUAAAUCCUAAUGAAGAACUCAGAUUUGCCUUUGUUGCCACACUUUUGAAAAGUUUGAUGAUAGAGCUUAAAGUUUACCAUGAUCUGUAAGAAUUUCUUCAUCAAGAGGCAACAACCAGCUACUUCCAAAAUUUCCACCAACCCUCACCCAUGCAAAUAAUGUGCUCCAUGACAUGUUAUGUUAUUUGUUGGUGUUAUUCUAAAAGCAUGUUCUAGGGAUGGAACUGUACGGCUGUGGGAUUGUGGAGAAGCCAAGUGUCUGGCAGUUGUGUCAAGUGGUGACUGUCCUGUGAAUUCAUGUGCAUUGACACAGCUCCAAGGGAUGGAAAGUACUCCUGAGUUAGACAACCAAUCUAGUAAGAGUGUAGUCUGGUGACAUAAAUAUUAUGAAGAUAUGAUAAAACCAAGAUGGGCUCUUGGGAAUGCCUGUCAUAAAUGAAUUCAAUACGUCUAGUAGCUCAUCAGAGGGUUUUCAGUAGCUCUGUAGUUGAACAUCCUAAAAUGUGAAAGUCUGAGGAGGGAAUCCUCUUGUAGGACUACCUUCUGUCUUAUUCCAGGUUUCAUUAAAAAUAGAUACCAUCUUUGGUCUUUGUUUGUUCAAAAGCCAAGCCUAACAUUUUCCAUCUAUUUGGUUGUUCUCGGUCCAUUUAUUCAAACUGUCAGAAUGAUGUUUUUCCUUUGAAAAGGGAGCCAAGUAAAAUCCCUUUAUUUCAGUAAGUUCCGGUUUUGCAUUAUCUUUUCUGCUGAGGUUUCUGGCCCUCCUCUAUACUACACUAUACUAAAUCAUACCAUUCUGUACCAUACUAUACUAUAUUAUAAUAUACCAUGCGAUACAAUUCUCUACUCUAUACUCCUACACACACGCACACAUGCACCCUUCAAAAUUUAGAGGUGCCUCCUUAAGGGUGUGGAAAGAAUUUUUGCUAAACACUCCUAUGAAAGGUGAAGUAAAAUAUCGAAAAUGGAGUUCAAAGACGAAGUGUACUAUUUAUUCUCUCUUUGUGGUGUUGUACUUUUAAGGUGAGCGAGAGGUUGGGACUGUUGGGAAAUUACUUUUACUCGCCCAAGAAGACGGAUUUCUUGAGGGUGUGGACGUACGUAACAAGGAAAAGGUACAUUGUGGCCUACUUGAUGAAUUACUUAAAUCUUAAAUGUUUUUUGGGUCUUGAUGAGCUUUUCUGAUCGGAGUUAAAUACAAAAAGGAAACAAACAAAACAAAGUAAAAGGACUUGUGAACGACAUGGACAGUGCUAAAUACCUCGGAAAGAAGCGUUUUACCCAGACGGUUUUAAUAUCUACGAUUGUUAGGUUUUUCAGGUAAAAUGUUCGUCAGCUGUGAACUGUUGUGCAUUUUUGUCGGAACACGAAGCUGUUGGUGGAACAGAGGAUGGUUCCUUGUGGUGUGUAGACGUUAGAUCUCCAAGGUUAGCAUUUGGGAUAACUCUAAAGAGACCACAAAUAGUUAGAGAUGGGGUGGUCAGAAAACUCUUGCUACACAUGUUGUACUGAUUGAAAUAAGGAAACUGUGGAAGGUGGGUAUAAUCUCGGAGAGGUUCUCAUCUCUGACGAAGGGCAUAUGCUCGAAACACCAGCCUUUCAAAAUUUGAUAUGACAGUUUAUCUUCCUCUAUCAACUUCUAGAUAAGUAAUCAAAUGAGGCAUUUUAGGAGGAAGGCAGGAGUCUAAAAAUAGGCUAACAAUCCUGGAAUAGGGUUUACAGGCCCGAUUUAAAACACAUGUUGUGGAAAGACGAAAAAUAAAAAUAGGAUAAGUCGCGGGAGCAGGAUGUACUGAGGUGUAUUUUGCAUUUACGUUUUCUUUACGAUGUUUUUUUUUUUUUAAGAUUAAGGAUUUUGUAUUUUAUGGAGUUCAAAUUAACGUGUGUUGUUUACUUUUCCAGUUUACCAGUUGGCGUGUUUCGCCGUUCAUCCUCCUCUAUACUUUCUUUAUCAACCACUGGUGAUCGAGCAUUUCUAGCAUCUUCGCGUGAGUAUUCACUUCUCGUGAUCAGUGUGGUAUCAGCUGAUAUCAAACCAGGAUCUGGACUUUUAUAGCCUGUCUGUUCAAACUGGAAAAUAACAGCCCCUAGCCAAGUUCUCCUCGAAUCCCACUUUGCUUUAGUUCUCAAUUUGCCAGCCUACGUGUAGCCUUUCCCUGAAGGAGAGACCCUUCCUUCCGUUACUCUUUUUUGGGGGGGUACGGCUACACGUAGGCUACCAAUUUGCUUGCACUUCGUACAAUCUAACCCCUCUUCUGCCAUGCACAUCUUUAAAAAGCUUGGUGGCAUUGUAGGUAGAGCCGGUGGCAUAGAAGCAGUGUUGAAUGUUCCACAUUUGACACUAGGGGCGAUACAAUGAUUUGUGUGGGGGAAUGGACCUAUCCAAAUCCAACCCAAUCGCUUUCAAAAUAUGCUUUCUAUGGAGAACUGAAGAUCAUCAGACAGACAUCCCUCCAGCCUCAAAAAAACUUUUAUUUGUGUUAUUUUGCAGGAGAUGGAGCAUGUUUUUGUUGGAGUGCGAAACUGUUGAGGCAUGGAGGAAGCGAAGAAGUGACCAGCUGGGAGUUGAUCGGACCCGAUUACGACCCAGUUUACAGUAUUUGUCGCUCGGCCAACACAGUGCACUCUGCUUGUCGCGACAAAGCAAUUAGAAAAUAUGUUCUUAAGAAGUCUGAACUUCCCACCUAAGACCGUGGGUAUAUGUACAGAUAUGUCCAUUGUAGAAAACCUUUAGCGAAAUAGCUUUAAGAGGAACUUUCAUCCAUCCAUGGGGGUACUCCAAGUGCAAACUUAUCGUCACAGGAGCUAUAGCGGUAUCUUGCCGAUAAUCACUUUCGAAGUCGUCUUUGUUGCAUUGGAAUUUGUCCAAAUCAGUUUUAUGUGACCGCUGGCGCCAGAUAUGAGGUGCCCUUUCCUGUCUUUGGAUUUAUUUGUUGCCACCCAUUUUAAAUGUUUGCGUUCCAUGUGUUGUCCAUGUGACUUAGUUUCGGUCACAGAAACUUUGAAUGCAAUCUUUGCCCUUCAAACAUGAGGAUGUACAGCAAUAUUCCGUUAAUUGGACUCACGUCAUCCAAGUUUUACAUAUACACAAGAAUCAUAGUUCACAACAAAGUUCAAUCAAAUGUUCACCAACCUCUAUUGAAACUAACGCGUGCUCAGUGGUCUUUGACUUAAUCCUAACGAUACAGGCGAAGGAAAAGUUUUUAUUUUUUACUUUCCCCAGUUGGUGGUUCGCAAAUACACGUGGUUUGUCGCCCUCUCUCUUUCUGCUAGCGGUGCUAGAACAUGAAAAGAUCCCUCAUCGUCAGCACUUGUAUUCUAGAACUCGGCAUCGUUCAGGAUAUGAAUUUUUCUUGGCGCGGUGAGGCCUGAGUUGCAACUUUCAAACAAGGUUCUGAGUUAACACGCUUACCACCCGAUCUCAAUUCUUUCUCAGAACUGCAUCGGCUUUUGUGUAGUGCAUCUAAACACCUCCGCAGGCCUCCGGCGAAGAGAGCAGUUCAUACCCUUUUGAUGCUGAAAAGGUAUGACUCGUGUGUUGUAUUGUCCCGCCCUCGAGUACUCUAAGAGCACUUUCUGAUAACAGAUCUACCCUUUUUCCCCUAGAAGUUACAUAGUAAGAAUUAGUUCCGCUAUACAUUUGCACUUUAGGCAAACAAAGUUUAGUCGUAAGUGCGAUUUGCAACGUGAUGACUUGUGUUACUUGGACUAACUUAUUUCAUUCGUAUUAUGCGCAUUCACAGCCACCCUUACACAAAACCUACCUAUUUAGUUAGACAGGACAAAAUCAACUUUGUGCCCAGCUGGUUACUUUUACCCAAGCUAUUUAAUUCCUGGAGCAGCUGUGCGACACCUUGAGGGGCAAUUUUUUAAAAAUCUUUGACCCUCGUGGGUGACCAGCAUUUGAUUUCUCCUUACAAUAUCACCCCUUUCCGUAAGAGUUGCUCGAGGCGUAGCCAAGAGCAACUCUAGCUUCUUGAGUUCACUUGGGAAGUUUGGAGAGCGCUCAAGAAGCUAGAGUUGCUCUCUUUGUACUUCAAGUGCAAACUUGUCGUCUCAGGAGCUAUAGCAGUAUCUUGCAUAUAAUCACGUUUCGAAGUCGUCUUUGUUGAACAGUAGUAUUUGUCAUUGGAAUUUGUUCAAACCAGUUUUGUGUGACAGCUGGUGCCAGAUAUGAGGUGCCUUUUCCUGUUUUUGGAUUUAUUUGUUACCACCCAUUUCAAAUUUUUGCGUUCCAUGUGUUGUUUGUGUGACGUAGUUUUGGUCAGAGGAACUUUGAAUGCAAUUUUUGCCCUAUAAACAUGAGGAUCUACCAC